AGAUAGUCUUGAACGCACCCUCGUAUCACCUGCAAACAGCAGGAGUUCAGUGCAAAUGGGCGGCGUUUUAUACUAGACAAGGAAGACUUAACGCUACCAUUCAAGCCAUAUUUUCCGCUUGUCGGUGCGGUCCUGAUCCGAGCACCAUGGCUUUAUUAGUGUUUGACUGUACAUAUAUGUCGUGGCCGCUGUUUUUGGAGUAGUAAGGCUCGCCUGUUUGUGGUGAUCCGGCCUGCCGUCCUGAGCGCUGCCUGCAGCGGUAGUGUAGAUGCCUUGGCUGAGAUGAGUGUGAAGGCUUUUGAGCUAGUCCCCGCUGUGGAGCGAGAUCUCCUCAUGGGCGACAAGGCUCGCAUCAACAUUGAGUGCAUUGAAUGCUGUGGAAAGCACUUGUACAUGGGUACCAAUGACUGCUUCAUCCACCACUUCCUGCUGGAUGAGGUCACUUCCUCCAAAGGGAAACUGAGUUACUCGGCUCAGAAGCUGCUGCACAAAUAUCUGGGCCUCAAGAAACCAGUUGCUGAGCUGCGUGCUGCCUCCGCUUUGGAGCGUCUCAUAGUGCUUUGCGAUGGAAUAGUGUUCCUCGUCGACAUGGUGACACUGGAGACUGUGCCCUCUGCGGCAGGAGGUGGCGCUAAGAUCAGAGGUGUGACGGCGUUCUGCAUUAAUGAGAACCCAGUGAACGGUGAUCCGUUCUGUGUGGAAAUGGGUGUGCUCUCCUCCAAGCGGCGGACAGUGCAGAUUUACAUGGUGUAUGAGGACAGAGUGCAGCUGGUCAAAGAGGUGACCACUCCUGAGCAGCCCUGUGCCGUCAGUCUUGACGGUUACUUCUUGUGCCUGGCCCUCGCUACACAGUACAUGAUUCUGAACUACAACACAGGAGCCUCCCAAGACCUCUUCCCUUACAACAGCGAGGAGAGGAGACCCAUUGUGAAGAGGAUCGGCAGGGAGGAGUUCCUCUUAGCGGCACCUGGUGGUCUGGGAAUGUUUGCCAAUGCAGAAGGGGUAUCUCAGCGGGCUCCAGUCAACUGGUCAGAGAGCGUGAUUGGUGCUGCUGUGUGUUUUCCGUACGUGGUGGCUUUGGAUGAGAGUUUCAUCACCAUCCACAGCAUGUUGGACCAACAGCUAAAACAGACCCUUUCAUUCAGGGACGGACACAUUAUGCAAGACUUUGAAGGAAAGGUCAUUCUGGCUUCUACAAAGGCAGUGUAUGUCCUGGUACCCCUGCCGCUGGAGAGACAGAUCCAGGACUUACUAGCCAGUCACAGAGUAGAGGAGGCGCUCAUCCUCACAGAGGGAGCGCAGCAAAAUAUUCCCAAAGACAAGUUCCAGAUUUUGCACAAAAGAAUCUUCCAGCAAGCAGGUUUCAUACAGUUUGGCCAACUUCAGUUUCUAGAAGCAAAAGAACUCUUCAGGAAGGGUCAGCUGGAUGUGCGGGAGCUGAUAUCUCUCUAUCCAUUGCUGCUGCCAGCUUCCUCUUCAUUCACACGCUGCCACCCUCCUCUUCACGAAUUUGCAGAUCUCAACCACCUGGCACAGGGUGACCAGCAAAAAGUGCUGCGAUGCAAGAAAUUCCUUAUCACUUAUUUGGGAGAGGUACGAAGCACAGAGGCAGCCAAUGGCUGCAGAGAGGACGUGGACACUGCACUGUUAAAGCUGUAUGCUGAGCAGGAUCACGACAGCCUUCUAGACCUGCUAGCUUCAGACAAUGCCUGCGUACUAGCAGACAGCGUCCCAUGGCUGGAGAAAUAUCACAAAUAUUUUGCACUUGGGCUGCUCUAUCAUUAUAAUGGUCAGGAUUCAGCAGCACUUCAGUUGUGGAUUCGUGUGGUAGAUGGGGAUCUGCAGGACUCCACAAGAUCUGACCUUUAUGAGUACAUUGUGGACUUUCUCUGCUGCUGUUCCAAUCUGGACAUUGUAUGGAAGUAUGCAGACUGGGCCCUGCGGAAGGAUCCCACCAUAGGUGUGCACAUCUUUACUAAGAGGCCUGCCAGUAAAGAUCAGUCAGAAUUUAACCCUGAUGAUGUCAUCACUUACCUGGAAAAGCACAGCCAGGCACUGCUUCUCUACUUGGAACACCUGGUGCUGGAGAGAAGGACACAGAAAGAGAAGUUCCACACACACCUGGCUGUGUUGUACCUAGAGAGGGUCUUGUCAUUGCUGUCAGUGUCGCCAACAGAUGAAAAGCAGCUCACCAGAGCUCGAGAGAGGCUCCAAGCCAUGCUCAGGGAGUCCAACCUAUACCGUGUACAGUGUCUUUUAGGUAAGAUAGAGAACUGUGAACAACUACUGCUAGAGCGUGCAACACUACAUGGAAAACUGGAAGAACACGAUAAAGCACUGCACAUAUUGGUGCACAAGCUCAGAGACUUCCCGUCUGCUGAGGCCUUCUGUAUGUGGGCCUCUUCUUGUCAGGAUUCUGCUUACCGACAGCAGCUAUUUCACCUGCUCUUGGGGGUGUAUCUAGACGGGAACCAGACAGCAACAGGAGGUGGCAGUGGAGACCUGGAGAUGGCGGCAGUGGACCUCCUAAAUCGGCACGGCGAGGUGUUCGAUGCAGUCCGCGUCCUGCGCAUGCUCCCUGAGGGUUGGUCACUGCAGCUGCUGCGGCCCUUUCUGGGUCAAGCUAUCAGGGCCAACAUGCAUGCCUGCCGCACCUCCCAGAUUGCUCUGGGGCUAGCCCGCUCUGAAAACCUUCAACUGCUGCAUGACAGACUGAAAGAGCGGAAGAAACCAAUCUUUGUGUCUGAAAAGAAGGGAUGCCACCUGUGCCACAACACCUUCAGUGAGCCUGAUGUGGUGUGUCUGCCAGGUGGAGUGCCUGUCCACACUCACUGUGUCGCCCAGAGAGUAAGAGACUCUCCCACAAAGAGACAGUUAACUAAUAGCAGUAACCAUACGUGAGACUUGACCCUUCAAACUACCAUGUGAUCUGUGAUCAGAGGCACCAAACUAAAGCAGGACAUGCUGAGGACUGUGGGGAUAACAAUAAGCACAGAACACCCAUUGUCAUUGUAGAAUCUGCUAUGGAGUUGAUCAGAAACACAAAGAAAGCUGUGCGAGUGUGUAUGUGUGUAAGAGUGCAAGGGAGAAACAGAUGAUUUCAUCUAUUUAUUCCUGUACCACAACUAUGUCACACUUUCAGACUGCAAGUUUUUUUUAUAGGAGUAAAAAAACAGCUAAGUCACCCAGCCCUUUAAUCCCUAAGCAGAGAAAUAAUUAAAGACAGGCUCCUGUGCUUAUCUGUGGGUUCAGUGUUGUACCGGUCAUUGUCUUUGCUUGAACAGUUUUAAACCUGAAUUUGAGAAACUGCUUGAACUAUAGAACACACAAUAUUUGAAACCUGUUCCAAAUAUUUCUGAAGCAUGCAUAGUAUUACCACUCUUACGGUUCUGGUCUAAUCACGUCAUAUGGGUAUUGUAUUAAUAUUGUCCUAACUUGCACAUUGCAGUGUUGGGUUUUAAUGUGAAAUACUACAAAGACUCAUCAGUACUGAUUUUGAGUCUUUUAUGUCUGUCUUUUUCUCUCUGAGCUCUAAUCUCACUGCUGCUUUAUUUUCCCCUCAGCCAUAAGGGCACUGGAUGUUCUAUUCACAGUAUUUCAGCCGGUGACUUGCCAGCAGCAAUUUGAUCCAAACCCAUUAGAUUUUGAAUGUCCUGUUAUCAAGGUUAGAGACCUUGUCUCAUUGUGUUGUCUUUGGAGCAACAGUAGUGUAAAACACUACAUGAAAACUUACAUUGCUCCACUAAUCAUCAAUAAGUGUAACUGGGGAUUCAAUAUUCAAACUACAUCAAGGACCAAAUCAGAUUGACCUCCUAAAACUUGCACAAAUCAAAUAAUCUUUAUUGAGAAUAUGUCAGUAGACACAGUGUGAAACAUGACAGAUGCUCAGAUAUAAGUGGCAGAUAUGUAGAGUAUCAUCCAAACCACGUGAAAUCAAGCUUCAUAAAUUUUGUCCGGUUUUGAUUAACAAAUUAAAUAAAUCAAGAGGGAUCUUCACUGCCCACCUGCCGUCAUAGAUCAAUUUUACUGUUUGGCAACACAAAAGAAAUGUCAGUCCCAGUCAAAAUGUGCUGGUGGCAAACUUAAAUAAUAUGUAGGAGGGCCAUAUAAAGAUUUUUUUCUCCAGGAGGGGCAAGGAGGGAACUUGAAUAAACGUGAAUAAACAUUUUCAUAUGAAUGUAACAAGAAUACAAUGAGAUACAUUUAGUUAAUCUCCGUUAUUACUAUCUCUGGGUAAUUCAGUUAUUUUUUCACAGCUUACAUAUUGUGAUGCAAAACAUGUAGUGUCCAUUUUUAUUUAAGCUGUAAGAAAGUAUUUGGCCACAGGAUGGUAGUAAUGUUUAAAACAAAUGAAAUGAACCACAGGUGGAAGAUUAUGGAAAUGACUUAAUGGUAUUCUUUACUGUUAUUCUACUAAAUGCCCUGAAUAUGCUUUUUUGGGGGGGGUAUAUAUUUAGCUGUUUGGAACAAAUCCUCCAAAUCUGUUAUUUUUAUUUCAUCUCCCGUUCUCCCAUAUUUUAUACCACACCACCAUCCAUUAACACACACCCUGGCCUUGACAGUCAUUGGAACUGUGCUAUUAAAAUAUUUUCCUAAGAAUGAUGAAAUUUUACAAACUCAUUGCUUCUACUGUUGCAUCAGUCAUACUGGGACAGUGUGCAGCAUCAGCAUUAAACUUUCAGAUUAAGCAGCUGAUGUGGAUGAAUUUCUGCCGCAUUCCUAAAGAAAGUAAUGAAUGACUGUCAAAGAAAAUGCUUGUCUCAUAAUGCAUGAUAUUGCACUGCACAUAACCCCUAAACCUUUUUUUAUGUUUGGAAAUUGUGAGAAAACAAAAUCUAUAUCAUCCAUGGCUUUGAUGGUCCAAGAACAACAUGUGGCUUGAUAUAUUUCAGCUUUCAUAACUGCCUCCCCGAGUGCUGGAGUUAUGUCUUUAACCUUUUCAUCAUGACACCCCUCUCAAAAAUGUAAAGAAACUGAAGUCGGCCAUAUUCUAUCAUAAUGAAGCCCUAAAAUGCUUUACAGGCUUGACAUCACAGAAUACCGCUUUGUCCUUUAGUGCUUUCCAAACACUGUGUAAGUGUCAGAUAACAAUGGAGUGCAGCUUGGAUCUCAUAAAUGUUUCUCCCAGACGGACAGAACUAACGGCAGGUGCAUAAUGUGUGUGUGUGUAGUCAUCAGGGACAUGUUCCUCAAUGUCUGCUGGAGGUGAUGCUUUGCUAAAAAAGUGGUUUAUGUCAAACUAGUUCGGUUUGAAAAAUGUUGUUAUCCGAGGUGGCAGAAGACGCAUGAAUUUCAAUAACGGAGGAAUGAGAGAAAACCCUGACAAAAACUAAACAUGGCAAUGUAAAUCUGCUGAACACAGAAUACACUCAUUAUAAAGUUAAAUCAUUGUGUACCUCCAUGUUUUCCCUCGUCCUAGAGAUGUGCCACUGUCUCACAUUGAAGAUGCCCAUCCAGAUUUACAGUGAAAAGCAAUUUAGAAGGCCGUAACUUCUCUAAGAUCAGAAGAUGUGAAAAUUAAUCCUUACCCUUUACACACUAAAAACUGUACAAGAUAUUCAUCCAAACUAGCUCUGAAAAAGAGAAAAUCAGCAAGUAUUCCCAAAAUCAAGCCUCCAUGGACUAACAUUUUUUCAGUGUUGCCAGUUUCUGAGUAAGACAACAGAAGCAAAAACCAAAAGAACAGAGAAGUGUGUGUCCACAGUUGUUUACUUUUAAGUCAUUUACAAUUGUCCAACUUUCUUAGACACAUCACUGUUGUGGGUUUUGCUUGUUUUUCUGGUGCCUGUGCUGUUGACGUUAGCCUUCUGUAAUUGCGACCCAUUUCUGUUGGGAACUUUGUGCAAACAUGGGACUAUUUUUCUAACAUGGAGAUCUGAAUAUUGUAGAUACUGUAGGUUUGACUCACUUGCCAUGACGGAAAAUCACAGCUUAUGCACAGCAUCUUUCUGUCUGAACAGUUUAAGUGUAGCUUGCUUAAAAGGCCUCCUAACCAUGACUUCAAAUCAUUGAAAAGAUACAGUUGUGUGAAAAAAAUGCUAUUGUAUUUUAUAAAUAUAUGUACUGUAUACUGGUAUGUAUAUACUGCAUUUGUACUUGUUUGUUGCUUUCUAAAUCAAUGCCAAUGUGGAUGGGGUGUACAAACUGUAAAUCCGUCCCAUUUUAAUAAACAUGAAACUGUAUAUCAA